UUGAUCAUAGAUAGCUCAAGGGAACCCGUCAACCAAGCGGCAACAUUUGUAUGGAGCCACCUGAACAACAUUGGGCAAUCGUCGCUACCGUCCCGCGUGGAGAUCCAAGGCCUGCUUUCUGGGCACACCAUGCCGCAGCUCGAGGACAGCCCCGACUUCAGAAUGUUCUCUAGGAAUUACGAACAGAGUGUGUUCUUUGAUCAGUAUAAUGCUGGUGGCAACUACGAAGCCAAUGUUAUAUUCUCGCCCGACUCGUAUAUACCACGAUCUUUGUCGCUCAAUUUGACUGUCGAUAUGUUUGGUGAAUCCAUAAAUAUAUUUGAGCUUAAAGCUCGCGGUGAAGGAUUCGAAACUUACUUCGAGCAAUUCUUUGGCGAUAACGGACCGCUCGGGAAAACUAAAGUGAACGAGUAUAUAAACAAAUUGCGAGUAUUCCGAUCGACUAACGACGCGGAUGAGGUGCAAGCGAAAAUCGACGAUCUCGGAUACAAAAAUGAAGCACUUAAGCACCGUUUUCCCAUGGCAGAGUUGGGUAUUAAAGUGUUCGGCAACGAGAUAUCGUUUUGGAGUGCAGAAGGCGAUGAUGAAAUAAGGAAAUCACUGGAAAGACUGAACCCACAGUUGAGAAUUUUGGAAAUUUUGUCGGGGAAGGAAAUAUCGUAUAAUAAAGCAUCGCUGUUCCUGGACACAACGUUCUCUGUGCCGACUGGGUGCGGGCUGCCUCUCGAGAUGAACCUCAUGGGUACCAGCUAUGUCAACACCAAAAUGUCCGGUACGGUCGUCGAUAAAUUCAGACAAGCGGGCAACUUGGACUUUGAGGGCAAAAUUCGACCGAGCGUGGCUGUGAACAUAGCGGCAACAAUGGGUGUUCGGGCCGACGCGCUGUCAAGCUGCGGGGCGCGGGUGAACGCUCGCCUCUACACGGCUACUAGCGUAGAGGCUCGUCUCGCACUUCGCUCUCGCUCACGCCUUAGACUUGACCUCUCGCUGCCUGCUGACAAGCAAGAGAUAUUCGCUGCCAAGUCAGAGUUGAUAAUUUUGCACGGCGAUAAGGAGCUACAGCAACAAGGGUUAAAUCAGAAUCGUAUCGAACAAAACACAUGCAGUUGGGGCACGUUUGACAACGCCAUAGGGGUUAAAGUGUGUGCAGCUUAUCAGUUCCCCAACAUGACCAAUCUUCACAACGCUCCGUAUUUCUUAAUGAGCGGUCCAGCAAAAUAUAUUCUCUCAUUGGAAAAAGCUGAUCCUUCAGCAAAGACGUACACGAUCCAGUAUCAUUGGGACAAAAACGAGACCGCCAAUAUCAUUGAAUUCUCCUUUGAUACACCUAACAGUAAGGAGAAACGUAUGUUCGACGCAUUACUUACCCUCUCCAAUACAACAACCAGUGCUGUUGUUACUCUCCAAUCGGCUAAAAGUACGCUUAAAGCAAAAGCGUUAUACCGUAAUUUAGAACAAGACAAGUCAUUUGAAGCUAGCUGGGAUGUGGAUGGUCGAAAGCAAUUCGAUACGGUGAUGUCAUUAAAGAAACAAGACAUCAACCAUGGUUAUGUUUGGUUGCCACGCGCUUACUGGGUCGUUGAUAAUGAAAGAGUUGCCGAAUUGACUGGUUACUUUAAAUUCAAGUCCAAAGGCGGAGUCACCCAAUGUGAUAUAGUGGCGGAUUUCCAAACCAGACAGCUAGCUAGUCACAUGACCGGCUAUUAUACGUUAAACGGACCUACACAUGGUACCAAAUUACAACUCGACUACCAAUUUUACAAGAACCCUAAACAAACCAUAAAAAUGGAGGCAGUCUAUAGUGAAAGAACCUUGGGAUAUAGACACGACAUGUACGGCGAAUUAUCUAUGGAAUUUUCGGCAUAUCCUGUUUAUGAUUUCUACGCGGUGUUAAAGAAUAUGAAUACUCCAAGCCACGUAGACAUCGGUUUGAAUGUAAGUGCAUCGAAACAACAAGCUCUGGAGCCAGCGUUUGCGUUCAGUUUUGUACGGUUUGAUAAGAUUAAUGGAUUGAAACUUGACACUCAGCUGAAACUAAAAAGGCCGAAAUUGAUCGACAUGAAGUUCCAGUAUGAACAAGCGGGCGCGAAGUACUCGACGCUAUGCGUGCUAAACUUCAACCCGAAGUCGCGCGAGAUCACGGUGUGGGGCGAGGCGUACUACCCACCCGGCACGCAGCUGUACCUGGACGCGCAGCUCAACGUCACGCUGCCUACGCUGCACCCCUGCACCAUCCAUGCUAAGGUCCACGAAAAGCAGCCCAACGAGUUCCAGGUAAACGCAGUGGGCGUGUGGUUUACGGGGACAGACUUCAACAUCGAUGCACUGUAUCAAGACCAGUCCAAAACGAAUAUGGCCUCGCACCGUUUGAAGCUUCUACUGGCCAGUACGCAAUUCAAAGACAUCGCCGCUGAUGCCCGCUUCACGCAGGAUAAUCGACAAGUCACUUUCAUAUUAGAGGGCGAGUACAAUGCGGACGUAUACCGUUCGCUAGUGCGUUACGUCUUGCUGUCCGAGCAUAACUUCACCACGUACGCGGAAGUGGACGUCAGCGGGAAGGCAUACAGUGUCAACCUGAACGCCGAUCUCAAUAACAACACUAACCUCAAUAUGGAUAUACAUAUUGACCAACUUCGCGACGUGCAUAUCUCAUACCAAAAAUGGAAGACGCCACAACAGAAGCGCCUCAGCGCAGCCUUCAACUGGGACGCGAACCGGGACCCUUCGCAGAAGGUAUCUGUGGACGUACAACUCGACAACAAGGGUGCCUGGCACCACGGUGGACAAUUCACGCUUUACUACCCCGGUAGGGUUGUCAACGGCGAAUUUGAAUUCCUUCUCAAAGACUGGGACUGCUCGUGGCACGCGACGGUGGGGUGGGGCGGCGGGUCGCGCGCGGCGUGGCGCGUGCGCAUGUACUCGCAGGCGGCCGAGCGCGGGCCCACCGUGUACGCGCUGCUCUCGCACCUCGACACGCCGCUGCCCGGCUGGCGGGACACCGGCUUCAACCUCAUGUGGCGCUACCAAGACAACCUACAAGCAAUAAACGGGAGCAUGAACUGGCAAGAGGACUAUCUCGCGUUCAGUCUACUCGCCGACUACUUGUUCAAGUCGAACGAGUUCUUUGGCGAAAUAAACGCGGUCGUCAACUCAACUAUACCGACGCUGCCGCGAGCCGCCGCCAUAGCCAAGCAUAGAGUUGUAUGGAAGAAGAGUGCGGACACGCUUCUCAGUUUUCAAUACAAUGAGGAAGGUCUUCUCAUGAUAAAUUCGUCGUGGACACUAAAUAGAGGAAAUACGCAAAGCAACAUCACAGGCAGAGUUAUUUUGCUCACACCGUUCCCAGGCUACACCAAAGGAUACCUCAAGACGGAGUUCCUAUUAGGAGAUAAACGCGACAUAAAGGGCAUCACAUUUUUAGACCUUGAAGAAAAAGUACUCAAGAUUUAUGUAGAUGGACAUAUGCGUCGCAUCACCAACUGCAUGCUAAUAGUGAACGUGACCAGCCCUAUCACGGACGAGCCUCAGAUGACGGCGCGGAUCGGCUUCAUAGAGAUCGACCGGCACCUCGUCGCCAUGGUCGUCACGCCGAACUCCACUACCGGUUUGGAGACAUUUAUGAAGUUGAACACCUUGCAAGACUUCCACAUAUUCGGUCACGUGGCGCUGCCCAUACAGUACCUCAACCGAGCCACGGUGACAGCCAAACGCGGAGCCGAAGAGCUCGACUUCAGAGUAGGCUGGGACAAAAUGGACUUCGGUUUCACAGGCAUAUGGCAGUAUCAUUCACCAAUCAAUUUUGUUUACGUAUACAAGCUGUAUUCUCCACUAGAAGGAUUCGAAGAGAACGGUCUAGUACUCAAGAAUGUCUAUGGCAACGGCUUGGAUACAGAAUUAUCGUUGCGGCUGUCUAAACAUAAGUUCGGCAUCGCAAUACUUCUGGUGGAUAAAGGCAAAGGCGUACUAGAUGUGAUACAAGAUAAGUUUAAGAACGGUAUGAAGAACUCGGACUCUCUACUGGAGGACUUCGACACCAUCGCCAGGGUCACUGUCGAUACGCUGUACUACCCCACCGUCACCUUCCACGCGCAUCUUAUGAAAUUUGUGGGCCCCGAUGAAGAGGAUAUAGUGAAAGCGAACGCUACAUUGUACUUGCCUGAUGGACAAGCUAUUAUCCUUACUGAUGAGUUCGUGCUAGAAACAUACACGGUGAUGAGGAACACCCUGAACUUGGUGACGCCGUUCCAAGUGGUGAAGGAACUAAAGUCGGUGUACACAGUGGACAUAACUAUAGGCGAGAAGAUCAACGUCUCUUGUGUCGCGCUGUUGUCCAACGGGACUUAUUGGCACGAGAUAUCAUACAAAUUGUUUUACGAGUACGAGUGCGGUGAAGACGACACAUACCAGUCUUAUUUGGCCUCUGUGGGUAUAGUGACGCCUCUAGCAGUGCUGCCGGCAUUGGACGCCAAAGUGUCUGCUCGAUUGGAGGACGCGCUGUGGAAAAUGGCGGCCGACAUCGCCAUGCCCUCGUUUGUCGUCACCGCCAUUGCAAGAUUAGAGUUGGACGACCCAUUCGUCGAAACAUCAGGCAGCUUGAAUCUGACCUCUCCGUACCUAGACAAUUACUUCAUCAAGAUGGAGUUCCGCAAGGACUUCGCAGAGAGCGAGAACACAGUCGGCGGCGGCAUACACAUACACCAGGGUGACCAGGAUAAUUAUCUGUUCGCGGACGUGGUGUGGCGGCCGCCGCCGACGCGCUACCUGCGGUUCAAGGCGCGCGGCGCGCUGCCGCCGGUGCUGGAGGCGGCGUCGCUGGCGCUCGUGUACAGCGACGAGCGCGAGCAGCGCGCGCUCACGCUCGACUACGCGGCCGCCGACGUGUACUACUCGCUCAAGGCCGACCAGCGCCCCGCCGCCAUCUCGCUCGCACUCAGCAGCCCGCACCCCGGCUUCAGGGCUAUGAAACUAGUUAGUGAAUUCGAGGACGAGUACAUUCGAGGCUCACUGGUGACAGAUGGCACCGAAUACGGCAUUUCCGGGAACGUCACCAAUCGAGAACCUCUCGAAAUGGUCGUAACCCUAGUGCCCAAAGGCCAAGGCGAGUUGAUAGACGUCCGUAUGAAGUUCGAGUCGAGCCCCACCGUGUACGGUAUGUCGGCGCAGCUCACGGGCGCGGUGCAAGCCACCAUACAAGCUAAAGCAGAAAUGGAGACCAAGUUCACCGACAUCAACCUUAAAGUGGAGUCGCCGCAGCUGCAGGGCGGCGAGGUGGCGGUGGCGGCGCGCGUGGACGCGGCCGGCGGGCUGCGGCGCACGGCACGCCUGCGCGCUGCCACGCCCCUGCCGCGCCUGCGCUCUGUACACACCGAGCUCGACUUCCUAUUCGGCCCGAAGACUGGUUAUCUCCUGUGCAAUUACGACUUGCCAGACAUGAAGGGAGAUGGAGAUCUGAAGUGGAGUUUCCUGAUAGGAGAUCUCUUCAUAAAGUCAAUAGGUCACCAACAAGUGCACGACAAGGCUCGCAGCGUGGAUUUGGACAUCUACUUCGGCAACAGCACACGCGACGGACUCGACAAGACAGACGCCGGCUUCAGGAUGGACCUGGAUCGAGUCUGGCUGAUCGGCGCAAACGCAUCAUUCGGUUAUAUAAUGAACAAGCGCGUGAGUCUGAUCAUCAACGCAAUCCUGCCGCGGCCCAACGUGGACGUGCACACGCUGAUAGUGGACGGAGACCUCGGCUCUGAGGAAAACCCUCUGCAGACUCUGAACGCUGUCUACAAGACGGACGUCACCAAGAUCCUUAACGCUGUUAAAGGAAAGGUACUAAUGCUACCGACAAGAUUUGACACCAACUCCACAGUAACCUGGACACAGAACUCUCUAUACAAGAGCGUCGAUAACAAAUUGCUGUACGAGUGGGAUGACAAAGGCUCGCAUUUUGUAGACUACACAUUGAGAUCGCCCCUAUACGAAGCCGACGACACUUUCAAAUUGAAGGGAAGCUAUCAGAAGGAUUUGGUGCAUGGAUACCAAAUUGUCAAGGGCCUGUCGCAUCGUCCGGGGCGGAACAAGAUCGGCGAGCUAGACCUUCGUUACGGCGGCAUGAAACACACUGAUGGACAUUUCAACGUGUCCACGCCCUUCCAUAGGCUGCCUUGGCUGAAAUCCAUAUUUGAUAUAAAUAAUCUGGAAGACCACUCUGACAAUAAAGUAGAAUUGUUCUGGACUAACAAAACGGCGUCUGUGAACACGACCCACUUGCACACAAAACAAGACAAUGGAUUCACACAAACGGGCGUAAUAUCACUUUCGGUUCCAUUGAAGACUCAGCAUCUCGUCACCACCGAGUAUUAUUAUGUACAAGACGAGAAAACGAGCAAUGGAAACGCAACGGUGGAUCUCGACCGAGAACGGUUUGUGAAGGCGUCGUUCGAUCAGAUACUAAGUAAGAGUGAAAGGGAAUUGAAUUUGUCGACAACUAAUAUUGAAGUGGAGAACGAACACACGCCGAUUGGUAUUAAAUAUAUACACGAGUAUGAUGACAGUGGGAAUACUGAUGUAAAACAAGCGACCAUCUUCCACCUGAAGAAUGCCACAAAAUUGAAUGUCACCUGCAAAUUAGAUGUAUACACAUACAACAUUGGGAAGAACCUGAAACUAACUGCCAUGCACGGGAACAGAACCUGGACCUUCGAGAACGAGUACGAGUCAGUCGAUAAAGAGCUGAAACAAGGCAGCAAGGUGAAGUGGGCGGAUAAUGUGUGGCUCAACUAUAAUAUACACAUCACUAACAUGACUACGGACGAGACAGAAUCUCAACAAGUCAUAAUGAAUGUAUGGUACCCGCUGCGUACAUACAAACUAAAUGCCGUGUACAGUCUGCAAGACACGCUGCUGGACGGACGGGCACAGCUCAGCUGGGAUGUGAAGCAGGAGAACAAGUCUGCUGUGUUAAGCGGACGCUGGCAGAAUCCGCCCACGCCCGAGGGCAGUCUGCACAAUGUACAUCUAUCCCUCUCGCAUCCCUCGUUCAGUAAGGAUGUCACCUUAAAUGGUGACUACAUGAGCACACCGACCAUCAUGUCCAACAUAUCUCUGGAACUGCAAUAUUCCGACUAUGAAAACGAGUACUUGAAUCUUAAUUCCAUACUCACUGACAACUCAAACGGACCUAUUAGGGACUACAAAUUUGCUCUCAAGUGCACACAUCCGUCCACCAAUUUAGAUCUGGAUAUGAAAUCCGACGUCAAUAUACACAGCAAGUGGUACUACUUCAACAAUUACUACAGAUUCCAGAAGUCGUUGUUCUAUGAAAAAAUGAGGAAAAAUAGACUGCUAAUAGAUAUGAACAGGAGUGCUAUCAAUUGGGAGCGCGCCAACGAGACGUACUUCUACAACGCGAGCGGCACGUGGGAGCUGGCGUACCCGGUGUACCGCGCGGCCGUGGCGGCGGCGCGGCCCGGCGGGCACGACGCCGGCCUCGCCACGCUCUCCAUGCGCGACCGCGAGCUGGUCGCGCACUACAACAGCACCGACGACAUAUCCUACCAUUUGGUGGGUCGUAUUGAAGACACUCGCUCAGCCAAACUGGACGCGUGGCGUGACUUCGAUGACGUCACAACCGUCGAUCUCGCCUCGUACAUCCGCCUGAACCACUCUCGGCUACUAACCAGCUCUAUACUCUGGCGACCGGAGAUCUUCAGCGAGGUCAAAGGAACCUUUGUAUACACCCUGAAGAGUUUGUACGGACAAGUCAACGAAACAUUGACUAUCAUCAAAGAAAUGCCCAUGGAAGCCCAUCUAGCGUUGAGAGCCAUAUGGUCCGACGCGAAACCGAGAGUUCGCGAGUUUUUAGACGACUUAAAUGACCUACACGUCAUAAAGGAUGAUUUGGAUGACUUCCAGCAGUUCUUAAACGAAUCAUAUGGAAAUAAUGACUUUUAUGUCAAAGAUAUAGUCGAGUUCACAUACUACAUGCUCGACGAAAUGGCGAUAAGGAACCAUCUAGAAAGUUUACCGGGCAUCGUGAACGACAUGUGGGGAAUGAUGGGUAACACGAGCCAGUCGAUCAAACAGAGUCUUACAUACGUAAUAGAUACAAUCAAGCAGGCGUAUUCAAACGUCUUGGAUAGUGUGAAUAACGUUCUAGAAGCCGAUUUCAUGGAAUUGGUCUCCAAUAGAUUGGAAGCGAUGAUUUUACAAUACGAUAACAUGGUUAGAGAUAUUCAUAUGAAGUUGCUGGAGUAUUGGGAGGAGACGUGGGUUAAUGCGACUACGAGACUAUACAAAUACUGGCACGAACUGCUAAAAUCUAUAGAGCCGUUGUUCUUCAAGGUACUGCAUUAUACGGAAUCGUUUGUGGUGACUAUUUGGAAGGGGUUGAUGGAUUUCUUCUAUAAUAGAACACAGGAACUGACAGACUCGCCCUAUUUCAACUAUGUAUCCGCAUUUGGACAUGAAAUGGACAAGAUCUACAAGGACUUAAUACACAAUGACCUUAUAACGAACAUAAAGAAAUACAGCAAGAAACUGUUCGACGUGGUGUGGGCCAAGAUCGAGAAGUACAUACCGUUUAAGGACGAAAUCAUGCAACUAUACGCCGAGUUCAAGAACGCGUGGGAAGUGUUCCUUAAGACGAAGCAAGUUGUCUACGUCAGAGAUAAGUACCUGGAAGCGUACGAACGUCUCAAAUGGUGGUACGACUAUUUCAUGAUCGGCGAGGUGUCGUAUCAAGUUGGCGAGAUCUUGUACGCUAAAGUCACCGAUUUGGCUAAAACAGCACUGCAAUACGAGGAACUCCACCGCACGCCGAAGACGAUGUUCGUGUUCGACCCGCACGGCGGGCGGCUGGUACUGGAACAGAAGCUGCCGAUGUCGUGGCACGCGUUCGACCGGCCGCCGGACUUCAGCGAGGUGGCCGAGUACCGCGCGCUGCGGGGGCUGCUCGACGACUGGCUCGCCACCAACCGCAGCCUCUGGUCCUACUACUACCAGCUGCGCCCUUACAUGGACCUCGACAACGUCGUGCCGCCCUUCGCAGGCAUGGCGAUGAUGACUGGCCAAGGUACCUUAGUUACAUACGACAAACGUGUGUUCACCAUAUCGCAAGCAGGCACCUUCCUACUGACCAGAGACUACAGACAAAACAAGUUCACCGUGCUGAUGGAAAGCAACGAACAACAACGCUACAACCUAAUUAUACUUGCAAAAACUAGCCUCAUACGCAUCGAUCUGUACAAAGAGCAAGUGUCGAUCGGCAACUCGAUACUGAACCUGCCAGCUGUGGUGGAGGGUUACGUGGUGGACAGACAAACGGAUGUGCUCACCGUGACCGGCGAUAGCGGCCUAAGCAUACAAUGCGACUUACGGUAUCGCACCUGCAAGCUACAUGUUGCAGGCUGGUACUACGCAACUCUGGGCGGCUUGCUAGGCACGUACAACAACGAACAGUACGACGAACUUCGUCUGCCCAACGGCACGUACACCACAUCCGCAGCAGAAUUGGGCAAGGGCUGGGCGUUGAUGCCCAUCAGUGGACAAAUCUUGCAGAACCACGAGUUAACCAAUGACACGCAAUGCGAGAAGUUCUUCAAGAAUAAAGUCUCACCGUUGCACCCAUGCUUUUCAGUGAUUGACGCAGUGCCAUUCUACGACGAGUGUACGCGUAAAAUAGAUCCAUGUGCACUCGCUAACGCGUACCGCGAGUUGUGUGGCCAGCAGCACGUGCCAACACGGGCGCCCGACGUCUGUCUGCAGUGCACGAGUCCGCAGGGUGACGUGAUCGAAGAGGGUUCGUUCACUCAACUGCAGCAGGUGCCCAACUCGACGGACGUGGUGUUCAUAGUGGAGGCAGAGUACUGCAACAGGAACAUUCGCAAACGCAAGAACAUCGACCUAUUUGUGGAGGCAUUCGACAGCCGGAUGCAGGGCAACGGCCUCUCUGACAACCGAUAUGCUGUGAUAGGCUUCGGCGGUGGCGGCGUGUAUUCACGACCACGUGCCCUCUACGUCAACGGAGAAGUGUUUGUGGAUGCCACGCAGGUGCCGCUGCACUUCGACCAUCUGGACCUUGAGAAACCCCAAAAUCCAAGUAACUCGACCCGACGAGGUAAACGUGGACGAGCCGGCGCGGACAUGUUCGCGGCGCUGCAGUUCGCGACACGGCUGCCGCUACGACCCGCCGUGCCCCGCACGCUGCUUCUGCUGCCGUGCGCACGCUGCGACUUAGCCGCCAUGUCGUACGACUACUCCACAAUAUCCCAUACCUUGAUGGAAAACUCCGUGACGUUGCACAUUCUAAUGGACGACGACUUCAUGCUGUCAAAGAAACGAGCUGCUAAAUAUUUGUUUGGUAUCGACACCACUUUGGCUUAUACUAAUAAAGAUUACGAGAGGCUAGUAGGCGACGUCGGGCUCCGCAAGCAAGUCAAGUUACCUAAAGAUCGACUGGGACUGUGCACGUCACUAGCGCUAGAGACUAAUGGUUCAAUAUUCGCGGGGGCGAAGCUGCAAGGUGACCGGCCGACGGCGCGGCGGUUCUCGAGCGUGGUGGGGGCGCGCGCGGGGCAGGGUGCGCGGCGCGCGGGGGCGGGAGCGGGGGCGGGGGGCCGCGCGUGCGGCCGCCCACGCUGCGAGUGCCGCGACGGCCGCCUGCACUGCCGGCCCUGCUCCGACACACUGCGUAUGUCUGAGCUGUCAUUCUGGAACACAGAGGACAUAGACGAGCUGAUCGAUAUGGCGAUGGACCCGCCCACAUUGCCUUCCCUCAGAUGAUAAUAAAUUGCACAUUGCAAUGAAUAAUAACAAGCAGCGUGCCUACAUUAUGUAUUUUUUGUAAAUAUUAAAUGAAUCUCUAAAUUAAUGUUAAUACUAAAGUAAUUAAUAUGAAUAAGUAGUUUGGAAUAAAUAAUUCUAUGAUUAAA